GACCAGAACAGCGUGAGGAAAACGAAAAGACUCGAGCUUUAUAACUCUCUCUCAUUUUAUGUUCACAAAAAUCUGAAGAUUUUGAAUUUGACUGGUUCGUCAAUGGCCGAUUCAGUGUUGUUCUCUUCAGCAAAGCCUCACUUCUUCAAGCCCAUUCUCCCAGGCUUCAACACCUCUAUUUUGAUUCCUGAAGCUUUUUACUCAAACUAUCUAGAGGGAAGACAAGAGGGCAACACAGCAGAACUGAGAUCAGACAUGUCAGAGAUGACCUGGAUAAUUAAGAUGGACGGCCGAAGAUUGUCCAAAGGAUGGGAGAAAUUCGCAGAGGCUCACAAUCUUCAGGUCGGAGACAUUCUUGUUUUCAGACACGAAGGGAAUCUCUUGUUUCAUGUUACAACUUUUGGACAGAGUUCUUGUGAGAUACGUUACUCUUACUCAUCACAAAAAGACGAUAAAGAUGUCAAGGACAAGACAGGAAAGGUUACAACAGUGAAGAAAACCGCAAGAAAUGAAUGUUCAUCAGUGGACACUGAUUUUGUAGUGCCUGUCACAGCCUCAAACCAAAGACUUGAUUCAGUUUGUCUUCCUAGAGGUUUUACAAACUCAAGUGGUCUGAGUAAACUGUGCAAUGAGAUGAUUCUAAUGGAUGAAAAAGGCAGGCCAUCGAAAAUAAAACUUUGUUACAAAGAAUCAACUAAUAGGUUUUGUGCCAGCCGAGGUUGGAGAGCUUUCUGCUGCAAGAAUGGGCAUCAAACUGGUUGUUUCUUAAGGCUCAUAUUGGUCCGAAAUGGGAAAACACCUGUGCUCCGGGUUUUUCCUUUGGAGAGGGAUGAGGACAACAUUGCAAAGUGCUCAAAGAAGACUAAUCAAGAAGUAGAACAUGAGUCUGUGAAAGAGGAGAUGAAAGUGGACUCUGGAAAGCUUAUAAGAGAUAGAUUAGUAAAGAAAGAUCCCAAGAGUUUGUGUUCUUCAUCACACGACACUAGUUUUGUGGUCCCUGUCACAGCUUCAAACCAACGACUUGAUUCAUUUAAUCUUCCAAAAGGACUUACAACCUCAAGUGGUCUGAGUAAACUGUGCAAGGAGAUUGUUUUUAUGGAUGAAAGAGGUAGGACAUCGAUACUAAACUUGAGCUACGAUAAAUCAAGUUGUCGGUUUAAAGUCAGGCGAGGCUGGAGAGCUUUCUGCUGCAGAAAUGGACAUGAAAUUGGUUCUUUCUUAAAGCUCAUAUUGGUCCGAAAUGGAAAAACACCUAUACUCCGGAUUUUUCCUUUGGAAAAGGAUGAGGGCAGCAUUGGAAAGAACUCGCAAAAUAUUAAGCAAGAAGUAGAACAUGAGUCUGCGAAAGCGGAAUCAUUGUCUUUGUCAGAUAAUUCUUGCUUUGUGGUAUCUGUCACAGUUUCUAAUCUAAGGGAAGACAGACUGUAUCUUCCAGUUAGGCUUUCAAGAUCAAACAUACUGAAGGGAAAAUUUCACGAGAUAAAUUUAAUGAACAAACAUGGAAGGACAUGGACGUUAAGUUUGAAAUACAGUAAAUGCUCUCGCAAGUUUAGCAUCUCACGCGGCUGGAAAUGUUUCUGUGAGGCCAAUGGUCAAAAACCUGGAUGCACCUUUUUAUUCAAGCUGGUCAGAAACAGAAAAGCCCCUGUGCUGCUCAUGACCUCUUUAGACGGGAAUACUCACCAAAGCAAAACAGCGUCUGUUAGACCAAGAUGGAGUAGCAUGGGACAAGAAGUGAAAUUAAUGGGUUGAAGCACCGGAUCCCGUUUGAAGGGGUUAUGUUUGAAUCAUCCUGCUUUUGUUUAUUGUUUUUUGGUAUUAGACUUGUCAACUAGUGUCAAAAUCUAAAACUUGGUCAAGCCAGAACAUGAGAGAAGACUUCAGCUUUAGAUGUGUAAAACCGAACAUCGAGACCUUUAGGACAUCAAAAGCCUGGAUAUAAACAUAUUGUUUCUUUCAAAGGAUGCUUAAUUGCGCA